UGAAGAAGAAGAUUUAGAAGAAAAAGGUAUCCAACAUGAAGCCGGGGAUAUACGGUGAUAGGGGCGUGGUACAAAAGGUUAUGCAAUGCCUCAAUCAUUACUUUAAUUUUAGUUUUGGAUUGGUUUGAAUUAGUUGGAAUCUCUCCAAGUUUUAGGGCAAUUCAAAAAAUUAACAUGUUGUAGGGGUUAAAAAGCAUGCAAGAACAUUGUGGCUUUUUUGUACCAAGAAAUCUUGAAGGGUAUUGUAUAGAACCAGAAUGUUUUGCAAUGCGAUGAUAAGCAUCCUCAGUGUGCUUGAAAUGAUAUAAAAUUUCAGUUAAAUCAGUUACCUGUAUGCAUGCUUUGUUCGUAAUGAUAAGCCAUAGAAGAAAAAUCAACUGUAGUAUAUUGUCUGCUAGUUGGUUGCUGUCUUCCAUCUUGUUCUUGUACAUACUCUUGUUGUUUUCCUGUCGUGUGGGUUAUUGCUAUGCCACAGAUACUCUGAAGCAGGGCGAGUGGAUUACUGACAAUGGAGAAACCCUUGUCUCCAGUGGAGGAAGGUUUGAACUGGGAUUCUUUACCCCUAUCAGAAGCUCUAGCCACAAAACGUUCGUUGGGAUUUGGUACAAACCGGAUCAACAAACAGUUGUGUGGGUUGCCAACCGUGACUAGCCACUACUUAGCGGUUCCAUUGGAAUUUUUGGAAUCACAGAACAUGGCAUCCUCAAGAUAUCGGAUACCACUAGAAAAGAAGAUUAUUUGUCUGUGUCUCUUGAUUCCUCGUCUACAAAUCGGACUGUGAAGCUCAUGGAUUCUGGAAACCUGAUCUUUAGCGAUGAUGAUGAUGAUGACCAGUCGGUGACGAGUCACUGGGAGAGCUUUCAAAAUCCAACGACUGAUACAUUUCUUCCAGGUAUGAACAUAGAUGAAUUCCCGUCAUUGACUUCAUGGAAACGCGAUGGUGACCCGGGACAGGGGCAGUUCACGUUUAAGCAAGAUCAAGCAGAGAGCAACUACAUUAUCUCAGAAAAGCAAGAACGCGGUUAUUGGAGAAGUAGUUGGAUAGGAAGCAGCCCAGAUGACACGCCCAAUGACAUUGUAAGCUUGUUAUCAAAUUGGAGUAAUAUCGGGAAUUAUAGUUACGAAAGGUUAGUGAUGAAUUAUACGGGGGAAUUACAGUACUAUCGGAGCUCGGGUGUGGACCAGGGAAAUUGGUCUUCGAUUUGGAGAAAGCCGGACGACAAAUAUUGUAGCAUUUACAAUUUUUGUGGGAAUUUCGGCAGCUGCAAUAUUAACAAUAGCCCAAUCGUAUGCAAAUGUUUGCCCGGGUUCCAUCCUACUAACCCGUGGAAUUGGAAUUCUAGAGAUUUCUCGGAUGGGUGCACCAGAAAUUCAACAUCAUUGGACAAGAGCGACAUGUCCUUGAGCUUAAAGAUGAUGCAAGUGAGCAAGCCAGAGCUUUCUUUAGAUUCCAUAGGCAAUGAAACAUAUUGCAGAAAGAAGUGUCUGACCAACAGCCAAUGCCGAACUUAUUCAUAUGGUUAUUUAGAUUUAAUACAGAAAAACUACGAUUCGUUUUUUCUUGCCUGCAAUAUUUGGAUUUCGGAUUUAAGUGAUCUCCAAGAUCGAGGAGCACACAAACGGUCUUAACCUCUCUGUCCGCGUGGCAAAAUCUGUUAUAGAAUCAACUCCAAGGAAUUGUGAGCCUUGUGGCACAAACCUGAUCCCCUAUCCGCUGAGCACUGGAACAAAUUGUGGUGACCCCAUGUACUCCAGUUUCUACUGCAACAGUUCCAUAGGCCAAGUUAGCUUCGACACGGCCAAUGGCACCUAUCGAGUCGCAAGUAUUGAUCCAAGUACACGAAAAUUUGUCAUCCAAGUCAAAUAUGCAGGAAAUUAUACAAAUUCAACAGGAUUUAUGCAACUCAAUAAGUCAUUCCUGUUUAAUAAAACCAUUAAUUCUAACGACUAUAGUUCUAAAGGUAAAGACGAAAUAGAGAUUAGUUGGAAGCCGCCGCUAGAGCCAAGCUGUAAUUCAUCCAACGACUGCAAGGAUUGGUCAAAUUCAACUUGCAAUUUAACAAGAGAUCAUAGAGAGAAGAGGUGCCUUUGCACUGGAAACUUCCAAUGGGAUGGUUCAAAUUUAAAUUGUACUAAAGGUCAGGAUGCUAUAUAUAUAUAUACACAUAUUAGUGUUGUUGUUAGAUCAGUUUGAUAAUCAAACCUAGGCCUCUUUCUCCAUUGCAUUUCAUAAGCAUUCUAAAAGUUUUCUUUCCAGUUAUGUAUAAAUUAUAAUCACUUCUAACAGUACGUUAGAAAU